AUGCUCGGAGAUAGAAAAACCCAAACAACCCGCCUACUAAUUGCAAUCCUUGUGCUACUAACGGCCUUACCACAGUGGGUGGUGCCGGCUGCUCACAUGGGGCUGCUUAAAGCAACAUGGCAACCACUUUGCGCGUUGACAAAAGAACUUGACGAAGUCCCAGGAGAAGCGUUACAGGAGGUAAUGGCCAUACUCAGCAAGGCUUCAGAACUCGAAAAGGAGGCAAUGAUGCUCAAAAUAUACUCGGCACUGACAGAAUCAGAAAGCGAAGCUAAAAAGGCGACAACGGUAGCGGCUCACAUGCGGAGAUUAGCACACUCCCAAAGGCAAUACUUCAUGACAAUAGAUGCACAAAAAUUUCUCGCAGCCAGCAAAGCGAGCGCAUAUGCAAAGGGACGACUAGACGAGUUCCUUCAAGUGGCCGGUUCGAUGAAAGACAGCAGCAACCGCGGGUGUUUAUUAGCGGGUAGUAACCAAAACGGCCUAAAACUUACUGACGGCGCACUCGACGGCGUCCAGUGCAAAAACAGUGCGAGCCAGGUAGCCGCUACCACCAGAGCUACCAAGACGAUAACAGCAGCCGGCAUAUCGGGCCCAAUCCACGGGCAGGAAAGCAGCAACAGGAUCCAGCACAGCGCCAACGAAUGCAGGCUAUUCGGCAAAACGCACGCCAACGGUCUCGGGCACACGGCAGCACUAGAAAACCCAAAGCUGGUAUGGGCCGGGGGCUACAUCACAAUCGAUACAAGCAGCGGAGACGACGGCAAGGUCACACUAACACAACUAACACCAGCAGGGACACAGACGAGACCGGAAGCCAAACCUUGGCAGGACUGCAUAGAAGCAGUAGGGGCUAUGCCGACAGCUGGCUCACCAGCGUACACCAAUGACACAGCUGUUCUGGCGACAUCCGAAAGCGCAGCCGACCUAUUCGGCCGCGUACAGAAAAAUAUAGAGGACGGGACACUGAGCAACACAAAGACAGAAAUAACGGCAAUGUUCGGCGACCAACCAGAGGUUCAAGUAAAUAAAUUGCUAAGCAACGCAGCGAAUUAUCAACUAAAAGAAAAAAUCGGUGGCAAAAAUAAAGGCACUAAGCUGAAUGAGAUCGGCACAGCUGCUGAGCUAGAAGCGGUCCUGGCAGCCGUGGACAUAAAACUUAUAGAAACACGAUCAAAAUUGAUAAAACAACUUAACGAAGAAAAGCAGAAAAAGGGGGGAGAUGAUACCACAAAAACAAGCGAAACAGAUGAAACUUGCCAAGCAAAAGGAACAGGAGAUAAAUGCACUUCCCCAUGCAAGGAGGUCGAAGAAGGCGGCAAAAAGAAGUGCACAUUGGAUAAGGAAGCUAAACAAACAGCAGAAGGAGCAGCAAAACAAGAAGGGAAAGAUGGAAAAACUGUAGAUUGCAGUAAACUUUACACACAAGAGAAAUGUGAAAAAGCCAAUGAAGGCCAAGCCACAAAAGUUUGUGGAUGGAAGGGAGAAAAUACUGAUGGAUCUGACAAAUCCGGUUAUAAAUGCCGAAACGGUAGUUUUCUAGUAAAAAAACAAUUCGCCCUCAGCGUGGUUUCUGCUGCAUUUGUGGGCUUCAUAGAAUUUAAGAGCUCGAAGGAUAAUACGAAUUUUCGCUUAAUUUUUUGA